AUAAAUGCUGAGACUGAAACUGAAAGCAUAACUGGCUACGGAAGUGGACGAGCAGAGCAGACGAGAGGGGAGUAAAAAUGGCAGUAACACUCAACAAUGGCUUCAAGAUGCCGAUAAUCGGCCUGGGUGUGUGGCGCAUGCAAAGUCAAGAAAUCAGAGAUCUUAUCAUCAACUCCAUCAAGCUCGGUUAUCGCCACUUCGAUUGUGCUGCUGAUUACCAGAAUGAAGCAGAAGUCGGAGACGCUCUUGCAGAGGCUUUCAAAACUGGGCUAGUGAAGAGGGAGGAUCUUUUCAUCACUACCAAGCUUUGGAAUUCUGACCAUGGGCACGUUUUUGAGGCCUGUAAAGAUAGUUUGAAGAAGCUUAAGUUAGGUUAUCUGGAUUUAUAUCUUGUUCACUUUCCUGUAGCCACACGUCAUACUGGAGUGGGUACAACUGACAGUGCUUUGGGUGAGGACGGGGUCCUGGACAUAGACACCAGCAUAUCCCUGGAAACUACCUGGCAUGCUAUGGAAGAACUUGUUUCAUUGGGUUUGGUUCGUAGCAUAGGGAUCAGCAACUAUGAUAUCUUUCUGACCCGAGAUUGCUUAGCAUAUGCCAAGAUGAAGCCUGCUGUUAAUCAGAUUGAAGCCCACCCAUACUUUCAACGUGAUUCUCUCGUCAAAUUUUGUCAGAAGCAUGGAAUUUGUGUCACAGCCCACACUCCACUGGGAGGUGCUGCGGCUAACACAGAGUGGUUUGGUUCAGUUUCAUGUUUGGAUGAUCAAGUUCUGAAAGGUCUUGCUGAGAAGUACAAGAAAACUGCUGCCCAGAUUGCUCUUCGCUGGGGCAUUCAAAGGAAUACUGUGGUCAUUCCGAAAACAUCGAAGCUGGAGAGAUUGAAAGAGAAUUUUGACGUCUUUGAUUUCGAGCUGUCUGAAGAAGACAUGGAACUCAUCAAAGGUUUGGACAGGAAAUAUAGAACUAAUCAACCUGGGAGGUUUUGGGGUAUAGAUCUUUAUGCAUGAUGGAUGAGAGUGUCAACUACUCUUCGUAGCAUGUAAUGCAGUCCUCAAAAUGUGCAAAAACCAUCACUGUUGUUGGACACGAUUGAGACUUUAAUUGGCACUACAAUUUGGUUUAGUUUUAAACUUUUCAUGCUAUUACCUAUAUCAGUGCAUUUCUUCUGUUGGCAUGAAACCACCUGAAGACUAGACUAUGUUGUCAUGUAAAUUUUAUCACUUUUCUCGUCUUUGAUCCUUUUAGGGUCCUUUCUCUA